UGAGGGGAUUGAGGUGCUUGGGGGGGGGCACGCGUCAUUUCCCCGCUGGUGGAGUGAGGCGGGCUGAGGGUAGACUUUAGGUUAAAUAGAGAACUGGUGUAGAGAGAAGGGGGACAACGGCGACCCGUCCCCUUGGAACUGGUUUCUAGCCAAAGGCAGGACACCCGUCCCCUCAAAGUUUUCAGGUGUCCUUGCCAAGCCUCCGAACAAGGAAGGAAAGUGUAGCCGGGUUGGAAGGAAAGUGUCAGGCUGGGUGGUGUUUGGGUCGAAAAAGAGAUACGGUAUUCCCAAGCCCCGGAAGCCAAGGGAAGUGCGCUUAUCUCCCCCCAGGAAAGCUGCUAGUGGAAGUCCUCGUGUCCUCAGCCUUCGGGAUAUGUGGAAUAGGCACCAGUUUCUGCCUGCAGAGCUAAGCACAGACUCGAGGUCCCUUAAGGCUGAGGACGAGCUACUUGCUGUCGAAUUCUUAUUAUUAGGGUGGCUGGUAGCCUUGAAUGUUUAUUUUUAUGUGUAAAAAGUAAUCCUCUUUGUAUGCCUCUGUUGAUUCUGAGUAUGGAACAGAAAGGGGGUGGCUAUUCUAGACUUACUAAAUGCAAAUUGUAAGGGUGCGAUUUUGCGGCUUGUGGAAUAAAUAAAUACAGGCUCCUAAUGGACAAGAGAUUCCGGCUGCCCCGUAUCAUGUUUCUUUGUAAAAAAAAAAAAACCGUGUUCUGUCAGGCCUUUAGGAGGACAUAGAGGAGGACACUUUGUUUUUGUAUUGUUUUACUUUGGAUCAGUCAAUCUGGAGUUCAUCAGAACAUAACAAGAACCCUACAGGGUUAGGGCAAUGGUCUGGCAAGUCCUGCAUCCUUGUCUCAAUAGUAUCCAACCAGAUACCUAUGGGAAGCCUACAAGGAGGCUCAGGCACAACAGCAGGCCCCCACCUGUACACUCUUUGAUUCCCAGCAACUCACAUUCAGUGGCAUGCUGCCUCUGACAGUGGAGAUAGUAUGUUAUUGUGGCUAGAAGCCAUUAGUAGCUUUAUUUAUUCUCCACGAAUUUGUCUAAACUUUUUUUUAAAGCUGUCCAAGUUGGUGGCAAUCACUACUUCUUCCUGAGAAGAUUGCACAUACAACCUAGAUCAAAAGUGUUGGGAAAACCCACCCUUUAACCACCCUGUAACCACUUCAGUUGAACUCACUGAGGCUUACAAUUGUAUAAGCUGCAUAGUGUGUUAAGGAGCAACACAGAUCUUGAGCGUGCACGUUAGGAAAUGCCCUGUUGCUUUUAUUUAUGUGAUUAAUUAGCUACACCUUCAUCACAUGAAAGUCCUUGGAAGGAGGGCUUCACUCUAGCAAAAUAGAAAAAAUACAUGAACUGCACAAAAUCAGCAAAACUGCAGAGUAAAUGAACAUUAAGCAUAAUUAAGACACAGUGGAUAACACUCUUAAACAGUGCCUAAGCUUAGGUGAAUUGAAAUACUUGGUGGCAAGCUGACAUCAACGUAGGUGCCAGAGAAUGCUUCUCUGGGAAGAAUUUCCCAAAGAACUGAAAUAGUUAUCUCCCCAAUUGCCACCCUCUGUACCUUAGAAGAUGGAGGCACACUCAGGAAAGUUCUGAGGAUGAUAUUGGUCAGACUGGUACGUAUAGGAAAAUAUGAUCCAGCAAGUACUUUUAAACUUAUAAAGUGAGCACCCCCACUUUGAACUAAGCUCAGAAGUGGAUCAGGAGUCAGUGAAGCUGUUUCAACACCAAGAAGACAUAGUUCCAGCACCCAGUCCCAGUUAGUGGCUGUUUCUGAAGGCAGCCUCAUGUUCAGAAUCAGCACAGUUCAGUGGUUUACUCAGUAGCGUAUAAUGGGGCGGGGGUGCGCCACCUCGGGUAGCAGGCUGGGCGGGGGGCAGCAGGCUGGACGGGGCUCACCGCCUCCGAUGACCACCACCGCGCGACACGGCUGCCACCAUGAAGGAGAAGCCCCGAUGCAAGCGAGACUGCCUCACUCUGCGGCUCCUGUGCGCAUCAUUACGCGUGCAUCGUGUGUCAUGACGCGCGAUGGACACCCCGCCCCCCCAGCGGGGUGCCUUCGCAUUUGCAGCCCCGGGCAGCCAGGCGGCUAGCUACGCCACUGGGUUUACUGAAGAGUAUUGAACACAAAGUUGCGUAAAGCCUAUGACAAAAUAAGAGGAGCUAAAUAUUACUUCUGCUGGUGUAUAUUGUGAUAUGCAGCCUAGUGGAGAUCUUUCUGUGUGUAUUGUAUCCAUUUGGACCAACAGCAUAGUGUCUGAAGGCACAUGAUGCAACAACGUUGUUAAAGUUACCACUGGCUGAGUCUAGCCAGCGUUUGAAUGGGAGACUGCCAGUUUUGCCAUCAUGAAUUUUCUAGAGCAGCCUUCCUCAACCUGGCACCUGCCAGAUGUUUUGAACUAUAGCUCCCAACAUCCCUGUAGUCCAAAACAUCUGGAGGGUACCAGUUUGGGGAAGUUUACUCUGAAGGAAAGGUGAGAUUCAUUUUUCAUUUUCACCAUAUGUUUCUCAUGAAAGAGAGCAGGUGGUAACACUAACAUACAGAAAUUUACCAAAUAAAGAGUCAGUGAGACUUCUUGAGCAGCUAUAGCUCAGUAUCAAUAUAUUUCUCAGAGUGGUCUACAUUUUAUCUGUAUUAUUGCCUCUUGACUUGUAUGGUACAGCCUGGUAACCAGUUACUGACUGGUUGGCCUGGUGGGAGGGAUGCUUUGUUGUUGUUUAGUCGUUUAGUCGUGUCCGACUCUUCGUGACCCCGUGGGCCAGAGCACGCCAGACACUCCUGUCUUCCACUGCCUCCCACAGUUUGGUCAGACUCAUGUUGGUGGCUUCGAGAACACUGUCCAACCAUCUUGUCCUCUGUCGUCCCCUUCUCCUUGUGCCCUCAAUCUUUCCCAACAGCAAGGUCUUUUCUAGGGAGUCUUCUCUUCUCAUGAGGUGGCCAAAGUAUUGGAGCCUCAGCUUCAGGAUCUGUCCUUCCAGUGAGCAUUCAGGGCUGAUUUCCUUAAGAAUGGAUAGGUCUGAUCUUCUUGCAGUCCAUGGGACUCUUAUUAAGGGAUGCUUAUUAGGAGUUAACUCAAAUGCUACAUCCUUCUUUCUUUUAUACCAGCAAGAAAAUGAUGCUCCUGCUAUUUGUGAUGUUUGAAUGGUGACAUGUGCUAUAGUGCAGCCUUUCUUUGAGGAACAAGGGGGAGAGAGAGCAAAGCACAACUUUGCAAAAACAAUCUACCAAGCUGCAGAAGCAAUUUUUAGUUGCUGAUGUGGCUAUGUCAAAUGAGAGUUUGAAAGUUGCUUCAUGAAGUAAAAAAAGGCACAGCUUUGCUGUUGUGAAAAGAAAUCCUUAUGGCCUCCGUGUCUGGAAAGCAUGUUAAGUAAAAUGGACAGCUGGACUAGGAACCUACUAAAGGUGUGAUUUAAUAUUUUUUAUUGUUCUGUGGGCUUCAAUCUGAAGUCCACCCUGGGAUAGGUGGUGAAAGGAAGGCAAAAUACAUAGUAGCAUUUGGCAUUUAGAUCAGGAGGAGCUGUUCCUUAAAUGUACCCAUAUUCCAUUUCUUUACAAUCACAUUUACCAGUGCUAUUUUAUCAUAGUUACAAAUAACAGAACCGACAUGUUUCAUCUGACAAAAUGGGAAUAGGAAUAUACAGUACAAGUGGGACCUGCAACAAAAUUUUGCAGGGUGGAGUGCUCUUGUUCACCUUUCCCACCCUCAACAGCCACUCAGCAUUCUGUGGCCAGUGAGCCUGCUCAGUCCUCAUGGGGUGUUUGGGUGCUCCUCUCCUUAUGUUUUUCCCACCCUAAAGGUUUUUUGUAUUUCCACAAACCUCAGGGUUCCAUUCUUGUGGACGGUGCAGUUUUGGCAACAUAAGCAGCAUCAAUUAAGCCUGAAGUUUGGAAAUGGAGAACUGGACAUUGUCUUGUCCUGAGAAGUAAAGAUGAACUUAGUAAUUUUUUUCAAAGCUAUGCAAGAGCAAAGGCAAUCAUGACUUCAAGUUAGGCUUGUCAAUUUGGAAGACAUAGUCUCAGAAAUGUAGAGUUUGAAUGCACUAAAAUGAAACAGGGGGAAAGCGGGAAACUUUAGGCUGGGUUUUCUAGGUUAUGCCACUCAUGAAUGUACUGAUGUUCUAUAGCAGAAAGAAGUUUUAAUACCUUGCCACCCGCUAAUAGAAAAUAUUAACCUGUAUAAACAAUCUGUUUCCUUGUUGCAGUUGCACUGUCAUUGAUAUAUGUGUGCAAUUAUUCUUACAGUGAAACCCUAGCCAUGUCUAUUCAGAAGUAAGUUCUGUGGAAUUCAGUUGGGCUUACUACCAGAUAAUGGAGUUAGGAUUGCAGCCUUAGUCAGGAAAAGGGUGCUUCCUUUAUAUGUGCAAGCAUGGAAAUUGCAACACAUACACACAACACCUCCCCUCCCCCCAAGUUACAGAUUUUGGCAAUAAAAAGGUUUAUUGGUUUAAAUAAAUAAUAAACACAAUACAUACAUUAUGAUGCAGGAAGAUUUCCCCUAUGCUUUUUUUCAGAUGCAGGAAGAUUUCCCCUAUGCUUUUUUUUUCUUUUUCUUUUGUGCAGAAAACUUGAGAUUUCUCAAAUAAACAAAAAUUACGUAAUAACAAACAAGACACAAAGGACAUACCUUUACGAUGAACUUAGUCUCGGUGGUACUUGUGGAUGCACAGGAAAAAAGAGAAAACUCAAACAACCAUGAAGAAAUUAUCCAAACAGUAAUAUGGAAAGCCAUCAAAGAUAAUUUAUAGAUUUUAAGUAAAAGACCAAACACAUAACACUUAAACUCCCUCCUAUCUUCAUGUGUUUGCUAGAAUGUAACGACACAAUCAAAUUCAUGUCUGUUCAGAAGUAAACCCCGUUUUGUUAACUAGGGCUUACUCCUAAGUAAGUGUAUAGGAUUGCCUCCUCAGGUUUGAAUAAUAAAAACACUAUUUGUUUCAAUACGUGCAGGACAAAUUGAUUGUAUAGGUGGCAAACUGGGCAUGUACAUUAGGCUAUCGUGGAAACAAAUCCUUGGUAUGUCUGCAGAAUCACAUUUGCACCUGGUAAAAAGAUAGCUAUGUCUACACACAUUGCAAGAAGAUUUUGGAUCAGAUGCACUGCAGUUCCUAAGACGUUGGAUAGCAUUAAAUGUCUCAUCAUGUCUUUGAAAGGCUUGUGCCAGUUUGGACCUAGUAGCUGCAUAGCAUUGGGGAAUAGCCCCUAAUAGUGUAACAGGAAUCACACAGCUCAGAAAUCCAUUUGCUUUGCCAUGCUACCCCUGAAAUAAAACUUCAGAAAUAUAGGAAUAAUUUUUAUGUAGAGCAAUUUGCAAAAUUCCAUGAGAAAUGUAUCUCUUGUGUGUUUACCGGGAAUUAAGCUAAUAGAUUUCAAUAAUACUUCCUAAGUGAGCUUAGAAAGAUCACAACCUAAGUGUAAAUUAUAGAUAACUUAAAUUGUACACUAGGGGAGUUUAUUUCUAUGUUUAGAAAGCAUCUAGCAUAACAGUAUAAAUAAUAAAUAGGACCUUUCUCUUGAAUUACAUCAGAUAAUCAGAUCUCACUGGACUUCCCAGUUGCAUUCACGUUUAGCUCUCAUCUGAGCUGUAGAAAUUCCUCCCUUCCUCCACUAAUUCAUUCUGUUAGAAAAUAAAGAAGAUAUCCUUGUGUCCUAUGGAGAAUCCUCUUUUAUUUUUUCUGUUCCCUCUGCCCCAUCCAAGAUACAUGUAUUUGUUCCCCAAAACCAGUAUCCCUGAGGAAAUCUACUUCCAGAAGGAAGUAAAUUGACAUCUGUAUCUUGAGAAGGGGGAAAAACACUUACCAGAUUUUGUGUUUUUUACCCUCCUUUAUAAAUUCCAUUUAAAACUGAAAGCCGAAAUAAAUUGUGGUUCGUCAUAUAACUGAUUCAUGUUCAAAAGGUAGAGUCAUUUAAAGUACUGUUGUAUUCCUAGCUCAAGUACUAGCUCUGGGUGUAAUUUGAACCUGGGUGAAUAUAUUUUUCAAGCAUAGCUCUUUCUUUAGUCCAUUUGUGUGUGUGUGUGUGUGUGUGUGUGUGUGUGUUUGUUUGUUUCACAGUCCUUGUAGUCUCCAGAUCAGGGGGAUGUGUGUUAAAAGAUGUGAUCAACCUUCUUUAGCCUGGAUGGUUCUGGUGUUGUUGACAUGAAUAAUUCUACAGCUAAAAAGUUAAUUUAUAGCAGUAGGAUGUUGGUGUAUAUUGAUCUACAUUUUGUUCAUGUAGAAUUGGUGUUUAGCAUUACAUGUAGCUAUUGCAUUUUGAUGUGCACUGAUAAUACAGCAAAUGUUACAGUAAAUAUGAGCACAUGAUCUGGUCUGUCUAACUGCCCCUUCCUGGCUACCUUUUCCAUGUAAUUUUGCAAUAUUGCUAAUUGUGUGCUUGCCCAAUAGUGUGGGUCAGGGGCUAUUUGCAAAUGCAACUUGCUGCUUGAAAUCUCUGUGAGUUGCAAUACCACUGCUUAUCUGUUUUUCUUGAAACUCCCAAAUAAUUAUUUCUUCUCAUAAAGUAGUAAGGUGUAUUGUGACAGUAUUUCUUCCUAUAGGCAUUUGAUUGGUUACUGUGAGAAAAGGAUGCUGAACUAGAUGGGCUAUUGGCCUGAUCCAGCAGACUCUUCUUUUGAUGCAUAUGAUGUUAACAAUGCUGAAAAUUAAUUUAUGGCACCCUGGUCUUCUAAAUUAGCAUUAUUGAGAAGAAGCAAAAUACCUUGUACAUCCUUUCUAGAUGUUUGGCAGCUAUAAAAUUGUACCUAUGAUGCUGGUGACUGUUCAAUGGGUUCUGUUUCAGUUGAAACUCCUUUGGGAGAAAGGAUUGAAUAAAUAACAGCAAUACAGUAUGUUACAAAUGUUCUAGCAAAAGUGAUCACUGUACCUCAUUCUGACUUUUUUUGCUGGAGGAGAAGCUCUUAAGAUUGAGCAUAAAAAAUUAAACAUUCUGUGAUUUAAUAUAUUUGUGUUUGUGCAGGUAUUCCAUUUCGUUCAUCCUGUGAAUACUAAUAUCCUUUAGCUACAGUCUUGUGUCUUCAUGAGUGGCUUUCAGAUAGUGAGAAAGAAACGCUUUAAGGCAUGGAGUUGGCUCACAGCUUUUUACUUAAUAAAGAGGCCUAUAACCAACUGGGCGAAUUUCAGAAAGCAGAGUUUGUUUUCGAGUGGCUGAGGUUUUUGGAAAAACUUUUGCCAGCAACCAGCCGGGCUGAUAUAAAGGAAAAACAGAGCAAGCUUGUUGAACAGCUGAUAUCUUUAUUAACCAGUUCUCCAGGACCUCCUGCCAGACAGCUUAUUGCCAAGAAUCUUGCUAUAAUAUAUAGCACUGGGGACACAUUUUCUGUGCAUCAAACAAUUGAUAAAUGCAAUGAACUUAUUCGCAGUAAAGAUGAUUCACCAAGCUAUCUGCCUACAAAACUUGCUGCAGUGGUUUGUCUGGGCUAUUUGUACAAAAAACUGGGAAGAAUUUUGGGCAACAGCUUUGUAGAUACUGUCGGGAAUAUCCUUAAAGCAAUGAAGAAUGCAGAGUCUCAAGGGCGGUAUGAGAUCAUGCUAAGUUUGCAAAAUAUAUUGAAAGGUCUGGGAGUUGCUGCUAUUCCAUGUCACAGAGAUAUUUACAAAGCUGCCCGUUCAUGCUUAACUGAUAGAUCAAUGGCAGUUCGCUGUGCUGCUGCAAAGUGUCUUCUUGAACUGCAAAGCGAAGCAACUUUUAUGUGGAGCACAGACCUGGAUAGUGUUGUAACUCUCUGUUUUAAGUCAUUUGAAGGGUCGAAUUAUGGUGUACGAAUUGCUGUUUCUAAGCUUUUAGGCAGUGUGUUAGUGAGUGCUGUAACAUCUAAACAAGGCGGCACAGCCUCUUCCAGACAAAAUGUUCGCAAGAUCUCAUUUGAAGAAGCCUUGGAACUUCUGGGUACAGGUUUCCUUCGGGGAAGUUCAGGAUUUCUACGAGCCAGUGGUGAUAUUCUGAAAGGGACAAGCUCGGUCAGCAGGGAUGUUAGAGUUGGAGUCACUCAGGCAUAUGUGGUAUUUAUCUCCACGCUGGGAGGGCAGUGGCUUGAAAGGAAUUUUUCUGCCUUGCUUUCCCAUGUUCUGGACCUCGUUUCCCAGUCUCACCCUAAAGCUAUUCAGACUCAGAUGGACUCUAUCUGCCGCCGCCGCUGUAUUUCAUUUAUCCUCCGAGCUACAGUAGGAGGCCUUCUUGGGGGGAAAGCUCAAAUUGCAACUGCCAAGGAGAUUUGUCAAGCCAUCUGGAAGCUGAAGAAAGUUGUGGAUGCUGCCAUGAGUGACAGUAACGUGGAAACCCGUGUUGGUACAACAGAUGUGGUAGCAAGCCAACAUAUGCUUAUAUGUUCUUUGGAAGAGCUUGGAAACCUCAUUCAGAAUUUAGGCACUACUGCUGCACCUGUGCUACAAGAUUCUAGUACAGGGGUUUUGGAUGCAGUGGUCUCCAUUAUUAUCCACCCCAGUAUUUCGGUUCAGCUGGCAGCAGCAUGGUGCUUGCGCUGCAUUGCUGUGGCACUGCCCUGCUUUCUCUCGCCACUUCUGGAUCGCUGUAUCGAGCGGCUCACAGCACUCAAAUCCUCCCCAGAAGCGGUGACUGGCUACAGUUUUGCUGUUGCUGCUCUACUGGGAGCUGUCAGAAUGUGUCCUUUAGGAAUUCCACAUUGCAAAGGAAAGGCAGUCAUGACAGUAGCUGAGGAUUUGUUGCGUUCUGCUUCUCAGAAUAGCCGCAUCUCAACACAACGAAUGCAAUCUGGAUGGCUCCUGAUAGCUGCCUUAAUGACAUUGGGUCCAGCGGUUGUUCAGCACCAUCUUCCAAGAAUGCUGUUAUUGUGGAAAUGUGCAUUCCCAUUAUCGCCUAGAGAUUUAGAAACUGAGAAAAGCCGGGGUGAUUCAUUUACAUGGCAAGUGACGCUGGAAAGCCGUGCAGGUGCUCUCUGUGCUAUUAAAAGUUUUAUUGUCCAUUGUGGGGGCCUCCUUACAGAUGAAGUGAUUCAAAGAUUGCUUCCUCCCCUCCCAUGUGCUGUUGCUUUACUGACACAGCUUCCUUCACUAACUAAAACCUAUGGCAAUCCUUUAAAACCAUCAGCAGUGAUGUACAGGAAAAGACUUUUUGAACUGCUUACUUUGUUGCCUCCAAAGAGCUAUGAAGGAAGCUUCUCUGCUGUUCUCAAAGAACUUGUGCUUGAUUUGACUCAGCCCGAUAACCAGAUGUCACCCUCUGCUGCUUACCUUCCAUCUCUCUGUCACCAGGAUGAACUUAACUUACUGGGUCCCUUACUACAGGAGACAGAGCACAGAUUUAUUGAAGAGCAGCUGUUCCUAGUUAACAGUAUAGCUGGUGGAAGUCUGGAGUAUGACCCAUAUUCGGUUUAUGAGAGAGCUGCAGAAGGUGGUUCUGUGCCUAAACCCUUACCACCAACAUUAUCCAUUAUUGGAGCAGCAACCCGUCUCUUUGGAGUCAUAUUUUCCCAUGUUCCAGAGUCCCAAAGGUUGCAAGUAUUAGAACAAUUAUUGACAUCUAUAAAACAAACCAAAGGAUCACGACAGCAGAUAGUACAGCAAAAUGUUCUAUCAGCAUUUUCUAAUGUUCUGAAGUACUUGGCUAGCUGCAAGGGAAAUUUAGGUUCUGAAGAAAUUCGAAGCUGCGCCCUGACCUUAGUGAUGAGUGCCUUGGAAAGUAGUAAUCCACUCUUAAGAUGUUCUGCUGCAGAAUCCUUAGCCAGACUUGCACAAGUAGCUGCUGACAGUACCUUCACUGCUGGAUUGGUGCAAAUUAGCUUUGACAAACUAAAAUCUGCCAGAGAUGUAAUAUCAAGAACAGGACAUUCUUUGGCUCUGGGAUCCCUCUAUAGAUAUCUAGGAGGAAUAAGCUCCACUCAGCACCUGAAUGCUUGUGUUGGAAUACUUUAUACAUUAUCUCAAGACAGCACUUCACCUGAAGUACAGACCUGGGCACUGCAUUCUCUGUCACUGGUCAUUGAUUCUGCUGGUCCUCUGUAUCACGUGCAUGUGGAACCUACCCUCUCUAUUGUUCUUAUGUUGUUGUUGACUGUGCCUCCUGCUUAUGCUGAAGUUCAUCAAAGCCUUGGUCGCUGUUUAAAUGCACUUAUCGCUACUUUGGGUCCUGAGUUGCAAGGCAGCAGCACUACAGUUUCAGCCUUGAGGGCAUCUUGUCUCCUAGGCUGUGCAGUGAUGCAAGAUAAUCCUGACUGCCUUGUCCAAGCUCAAGCCAUCUCUUGCCUUCAGCAACUUCAUAUGUUUGCUCCUCGUCAUGUAAACCUGUCUAGCCUCGUACGGUGCCUGUGUGAGACCUUGUUGGAAAAUUCUGUGUUGGUGAAUCUCUCUAGUUCGUAUCUGUUGUUGAGGAGAGCAGUACUAGCUUGUUUGCAUCAGCUUGUACAAAGAGAGGCAGCUGAGGUAUCUGAACAUGCUGUGGCCCUUGCUAAAGACAGCAGAGAAGACUUUAGUCCAGGCAUUAACAUCAGAGAAGUAGGCCUUGAAGGUGCAUUACUGAGCUUGUUGGACAAGGAACUGGAUCCAAAACUAUGUCAAGAUAUCAGAGAGACCCUGAGCCAUAUGCUUAUAUCAAUGGGAGUGGAAAAACUCUCCUUCUGGCUUAAACUCUGCAAAGAUGUUCUAGCUGCCUCUGCUGAUUUCAUCACAGUGGUUUCAGUGGACACUACCCAAGAAGAAGAGGGAGCUCAAGGGGAUGAUGAAUUUGCAUUAGCUUUGGAGAACGAUGAAAAGCUGCACCCCUUCCCUCAUCCUCGAUGGUCUACUAGAGUAUUUGCUGCAGAGUGUGUGUGUAAAAUUAUCGCCCAGUGUGAGAACGCAGGCAACGCUCACUUUGACAUAGCUCUGGCACAAGAAAUGAAGCAAAGAGAUUCAAGAGAUGAUUUCCUAGUACUGCACUUAGCUGACUUGAUCCGCAUGGCUUUUAUGGCUGCCACUGAUCACAGUGACCAGCUUCGUCUUUCUGGCCUUCAGAUGUUGUUAAUUCUUGUUCGGAAGUUUGCUGCUGUGCCGGAGCCAGAGUUCCCAGGUCAUGUGAUUCUGGAACAAUAUCAAGCAAAUGUUGGUGCAGCGCUUAGACCGGCUUUUACUUCUGAAACACCACCUGAUGUAACAGCAAAAGCAUGCCAGGUUUGCAGUGCCUGGAUAGCAAGUGGUGUAGUAAGUGACCCUAGUGACCUUCAGAGGGUUCAUCAAUUGCUUGUGACAUCCUUGACCAAAAUACAGGCGGGACAAGAAGCCCAAAGUCAACUGUACAAUGAAGGCACAUCAGUUAUGGAGAUCCUAGCUGUGUUGAAAGCUUGGGCAGAGGUCUAUAUAGUUGCAGUGGAAAGGCAGAAAAAGCAAAGCGAUGUCAACAGACCACCCUUGGUAAUAAACAUCACAGAGGAGAGCUGCAAGGAUCAAAUAUCUUCAGUGGAUGAACUUCUGGAGCUAGUCCAAGCAGAUCUGGGCAAUCUGAGCAAACUCUGGCUUGCUGCACUCCAGGAUUAUACUCUCUUAACUUUGCCUUCAGAAUUUGCCUCUCAACUUCCUGCUGAAGGUGGUGCUUUCUAUACUGCAGAGACAAUUGAAAAUUCAAGGCCACACUAUCAAAACUCCUGGGCAUUGAUUCUCCAUGCAACAGCUUUGUGGCUUACCAGCACAGGUUUUCUUGUAGGUGACGCAGAUGAAGGUCUAUCUAAUCUCUCUCGACCUGUCACCCCAACUACAAUGUGUCAAGAUUCAACAUCUAGAGCUGCUGUAAAAUCACCUGAAGAUGUGAACACUGAUAGAUUUCAUCUUGUUUUGGGAAUUAGUGUGGAAUUUCUAUGUUCUCCUCGGUCAGAUUCAGGCAUGGAAAAUAUUACUUCUUGCCUACAUGCCUUACGAGUGCUGCUUGAUGUUCCUUGGCCAAGGUCUAAGAUUGGUGGCGAUCAGGAGCUGAGUGUUGAGCUGCUGAAUGUUUUACAUCGGCUUAUAGUGACAAGAGAGUCCCCUGACAUUCAACUUGCUGCUCUAGAAGUUGUUCGACAGAUUCUUUUUGCAGCUCAGGAACAUGUCAAGGAAAAACGUAGAAGUGCAGAAGUUGAUGACGGAGCUGAAGAGAAGGAAACCUUGCCGGAGUUUGGAGAAGGCAAAGACACAGGAGGGCUGAUACCUGGAAAGUCCUUAGUCUUUGCAACCCUGGAGAUGUGUGUGUGCAUUCUCGUAAGGCAGUUGCCUCAGCUUAACCCUAAGAUAACGGGCAGCCCUGGAAUUACAUCUGGAAAGCCUCAGUUGUUAUCGGAGAAUGGAAGCAGACUAGUAUCAGUGGCAUUAGGAAUCCUCUCUGAUGUUCCUGCAGUCUGCUCACCAGAAGGAAGCAUUGCCGUUCUUCCUACUAUCUUGUAUCUGAUUAUUGGAGUUCUCAGAGAAACUGCUGUGAAAUUACCCACAGGCCAGUUGCCUUUGACUGUUGCUUCAUCGUUACAAGCUCUUAAAGGAGUGCUGUCUUCUCCCAUGGCCCGGGCAGAGAAGAGCCGAACUGCUUGGAACGAAUUGCUCCGCAGUGCUUUGGUCACUAUUCUUAACUUUUGGGAUCAAGAUGGUGCUCAUCAAGAAUUGGAUGAAGGUAGUUUGCUGACUGCAGUCACAAUAUUCAUUUUGUCUACAAGUCCAGAAGUUGUUACCAUGGAGUGCCUUCAGAAGUGUUGCAUUGAAAAGUUUCAGUCAGCAAUGGAAUCUAAAGAUCCUAUUGUGCAACUUAAAUGCUACCAACUUCUCCUUACCAUUUUCCAGUAUCCAAAUAGAACUAUCUCAUAUCCUUACAUUCAUUCACUGGCGUCAUCAAUUGUUUGCAAACUGCAGGAAACGGAGAAAGUCAAGCCUGAGAAUUCUGCUGAACUUCAGGUUAUUCAGGAAGGGAUAAAAGUCGUGGCUGCUGUUAUAGCUCUCGCCGAGGAGGAACAUCGAGCUCAGCUAGUGGCUUGCUUUCUCCCAAUCCUUAUUUCUUUUCUUUUGGACGAGAACGCCCUAGGAUCAGCUACGAGUUCAGCAAGGAGUCUUCAUGAGUUUGCUUUACAGUACCUGAUGCAGAUUGGUCCACAAUAUUCCUUAGUCUUCAAAAAACUAAUGGCUUCUUCUCCGCCAAUGAAGGCGAGGCUUGAAUCGGCCGUGAAGGGCAAUCAGGAAAGCAUCAAGGACAAGGCAACACCUAGGCACUCCAAGAAUCCUGGGAAAAGUAUUCAGCUAAAGACCAACUUUCUGUGAAUAAUGUUUUAAAUCCUAAGCACUUUGAUAAAACACGGCAAACUGCCCCUUUUCAUUUCUAGCUGCCCUUGUAAUGAAGUAGGGUUUUAAUUUUAAUUUCAUUCUGCUAAACUUUGAAAAUCAGCACAUUAUAACCCAAUUCCAGAGAUGUGCAUGCAUGUGCCUGCCUACACACUGACUCAGUCAGUAGUAGGAACUACAUUCACAGCCAGUACUGCUGUAUAUGGACAUGGGAAACCCAUAGGCUCUGCAUUCACAGCUCCCAAUCCAGAAGAGGGUUCCUCCUGCUCAAUCAGGGUGCAGACAGACUUUAUAUCAUUUUUUUAACCAUGUUACUAGCUUCUUUAAGUUCUUUCUUGGCACUGUGCAGCAUUCUAACCUAAUGAAGAUUUUAUUAGAUAUGUAGGAACCUUGACAUGCUUAUUUAUUUCACACUUUGAUAUUAGCACAAAUACAUCAAAGGAAAUCCUGUCCGAUCUGUCAAUGCACAAUGUAACAGAACCAUCCAUGCCCCCAUAUAUUGCUUUUUAUUACCAUUAUUACUUUGGUUAGCAGUUCCCAGUGUGGAACAAUCGACACUUAAAAACAAACCACUUGUCAUUUUUAAAAGCAGUUUUGCAGGUUAAGCAUUGAGAGCUGCUUCAGCAAAAAUACUAAUGAAUUACUGAGUACGUGUUCACGUUUAGCUCCCAUGGAGUAUGGUAAAUGUACAUCUUUGCCCAUAAGCAGGAAAUUUUAUAUCUUGCACUAGGAUUAAUGGCACAAAAAUGUGGCUAGCUCAAGGUGGAGUGUUAAUUCAGGGGGCAGCAGUUGCCACCAGGGCUCCAGGUUUGGAAUAUCGUUUGACUAGGCUCAGAUACAUAAAUCUGGGAUACUAUUCAACACUAAGCCGCAGUAGUUGUUGAAAAUACUAAUACUGCAAUCACAGUUGAAUUGUAAUUUUAAUUCAUGAAUUCCUUUCAAUGCUGUAACAUGUUCCAGCUGCUAAUUUUAGCAAACGACAUCAUCAAGUAAAAGUAUUGGAUGUUCUCUUGGUCUCUUGUGAACUGCCUUUGGAUCUUCAGAUGGAGGGCGACAUACAAAUUUAAUAAAUACAAAUAAAAUAAUAAUAGUCCAUAAAAGUAUGUAAAAUCACUUUUGUGUAUCUUAAAUCCACACAUGAAGUACUAUUGGGAACUUUAGGUUCUCAUGACUGUAAUGAAGCUCUACUUAUCUGAAGGAUUUAUAUUUCCAAAGUUAAGCACAUAUAUGUAUGAUUGAACAUACCUUAUACUAUCCACAAAAUCCCACCUAGGCAGGAAAUAUCUUCUUAAAUUUAUCAUGCUAUUGCUAAAGAGGUGGUUAAAGCUUUCAUAUUUUGUUAAUAAUAUGAAAACUGCUCUGAUGCACAGUUUCUCUGCAUAAGAUACCUCAUUCUCUAUCAUGAUCAUUUGAUGAUCUCCCCAUGGGCAAAUUUGAUGUAUCGACUCAAAUGCAUAGGAAUCAAAGGGAGAUUUAUUAAAGUGGGCUUGUAUUGUAUUCAGUUGCAAAUGAGUCAUUGGAAUAAACAAAACAUUACAUCUUGGCAGUGGAUUGUAUUUUAGUAUAGAGGCCUAUACUAAUAGUGUGAGCUAUUAAUUGUUUUAAGAAUUGUAUUGGCGACCAUUGCCUUUUUGUGCCAGUAUUAUCUGAAAUAAACCAAAUGCUAGGAUAUUUACAGUAUUUCCAUCUUAAUAAUUAGUAGAAAAAUAAAAAAAUAUCAUCCAUAGAACUGAGACUCAGGAAUGUGUACUGUAUUUUGCUAUACAUUUUGUAUGUAAAAUUGUAAAUUGUACAGAAUUGACCAUUUGAACAAAAUUCUAACAAGUCAUUUUUCUAAUUUACAUAAAGCUAAUUUUCUUCACUUAAAUUGGUGUGCUUGCUAUUUUAUUAAUAAAACCUGAUUUUAAAUUUUUUUUUAAACUACAACCCUUGCCUUAAGUACAUUUUUAAACAAGUUGGUCUCUUAAACUAUUACUUCUGUUCCUUCCCACAUUUGGGAUACACUGGCAUUCAACUUCUCUAUAGGCUUAUCCACAGUUAACAUUUGCCAUGUUCUUUCCAAGCAGAAUCUUUAAAUGCUCUGUGCCAAAGCUUUUUUUAAAAUAAAAAUAAAAAAUCCUCCAGGCUUUGCCCAUGAAAACCCACUCUUUAAAGCUGAAUCAGAGCAAACAUCAAUCCAUGUUUUCCAUCAAAGUUUGCUCCUAUUAAAAGAGCAGGUUUCCACAGGGAAAAGAGCAAAAAAAAGGGGUGUGUGUGCUCAGACAGAGCUUUAAAUUGCAGACUGUGCCUGGAAAGAGUGGAGGAAAGGUACGUGUAGGUAAGUGCUUUAUUUAGAAUUAGAAAUGUUACUAAGGAAGUAUUCUUCAAUAUAAGUGUAGCAAAGUUUGAACAUCUUGGUAGAACUUUCUGUAGGCUUUGAAACCAGUCAAUUGUGGCUAUUGGUGGUGUAACGGUGAACUUGUAACAAGUGGAUCUACUCCUGGACAGCAGUCUUUUACAAGUAGAGCAUAAAGGGGACAACUGUUCCCAGCAUCUGUUGUUCAGAGUUAAUAUAGUAUAUAUAGGCAUGGAUAUUUCAUUCAUUUACAGAUUGGAACCCCUCUUUUCUAGUGUUCUCAAAGCAGCUCUCAAUGUUCAUAAAACACCAUGGCUGCAUUAAAAACCCUGUUUUUAAAACAAAACCAGACCAGCUGGAGCAGACACCUUGAAGUCUUCACCUGCCUGUCCUGGUCCUUCCUACAUGUUUUUGAUGGGUCUGUGCUGUGGGAGGGAGAUGGUCCAGAAGAAGCAGAGGUCUCAGGGUGUCCACCUGUCAACAGGUAUUUCUUUAAUAAAGUUGCUUAACUUGUUUAACACCACCCAUUCUCUCCUCACCACCACCACCACCUUUUGAAAACCUCUCCCAUUCUUCUGGCAUAGGUUUUCAGGAUCCAAAGGGCACAGUCCUUCUCAACAUCACAAGAAACCAUCACAUCCCUAUAUCCAAUUGAUGUUCACAGCUUGUUUGUUUUUGGAAGAAGUGCAACAUAUUAGAGCAGAAUUAAGGAUUGAUAAUAAAUUAUUUGAGGCAUGUAUGUAAUU